UAUAACGUCGACUUAUUUCCGUCAUUCUACAUAUCAGCCCGGGCCUUAUCGCUCCAGUGUCGUGUGUAGAUUCUGCAUGAUUAGCGGACAAUCAACGUGUCUCUGUAAAAUCUGAAAUACCGUGAUGCGUAGUUUUAAACUUUAUGGUAAACAGCACCAUUUGUGAAUUAUGAAUAUUGAUCAUGGAUAUUACUAGUGGGAAACCAUCAACCAGUGCUUGUGUGGUUAUCACGUGAACUUCACAAUGUACAACAGCGUUGCAGAGUCGGACACAGCACCGAUAGUUGAGAAUGAGGAAAAUGGACACGCUGUUGCCAAUGUUCCUGAAACACAGGCUGUUCAGCCUGCAGUCAAUGGAAUCAGCAGGGUGACGGCCUAUAUCACUGUAGCAACGCUGCUCGUCAUCAACCUGCUCAACUACAUGGACAGAUACACUGUUUCAGGCGUACUCCUCCCUCUACAGAGUUUCUAUGGAAUUGGUAAUUCUGAAGCCGGACUCAUUCAGACAUCCUUUAUCUGCACAUACAUGGUCUUCUCUCCGAUAUUCGGUUACCUUGGCGACAGAUACACCAGGAAAUACAUCAUGGCAUUUGGCAUCUUCAUGUGGUCUGUGUUCACCCUCUCUGCAUCCUUCAUUGGCAAAGAUUCAUUCUAUGCGUUUGUGUUGCUGCGAGCACUGGUGGGUAUCGGUGAAGCUAGCUACUCCACAAUCGCCCCCACCAUCAUCGCUGACUUGUUCUCCAAAGGAAUGAGGACAAAGAUGCUGAUGGUGUUCUACUUUGCCAUCCCUGUUGGAAGCGGCAUGGGCUAUAUUGUUGGGUCCUACGUCGCGAGUGCAUUGCACAACUGGCAGUGGUCACUUCGGGUCACUCCCGGUCUGGGUGCUGUGUGUGUAGUGUUGAUUCUAAUUUUCUGCAAGGAACCCCCACGAGGACACUCAGAGGGGGGAACACAUCUUGUCAACACAAGCUUUUUAGAAGACAUAAAAGCUCUAGUAAAAAACACCAGUUUUAUGUUCUCGACGGCUGGCUUCACCUGCGUGGCCUUCGUGACGGGAGCUCUGGCCUUCUGGGCCCCCACGUAUAUGACGGAUGCUAUAGAAUCUCAAAGUCAGACAGUGGAAAUGUCACACGUGUCACUAAUAUUUGGAAUUAUCACAGUAGCUGCUGGGUUUAUUGGUGUGGCUCUGGGGGCAGAGACAGCGAGGAGAUACAAGAAAAUAAAUCCCCGAUCUGAUCCCAUCAUUUGUGCAAUGGGACUAUUGUGCUCUUCGCCGUUCCUCUUCUUCGCCCUUGUCCUGGCCAAUUACUCAACACCAGCAACAUGGGUGCUAAUAUUCCUUGGGGAGACGAUGCUGUGUAUGAACUGGGCAAUUGUCACAGAUAUUUUAUUGUAUGUAGUUAUACCAACAAGAAGAUCAACAGCUGAGGCCUUCCAGAUCCUUGUAUCUCAUGCUCUUGGGGACGCCGGCAGCCCCUACCUUGUGGGAAAGGUGUCGGAUGCUCUCAGUACAAGUUUCCAUGGAGAUCCGAAGAGUCCCGCAGUACAGUUCCUGUCAUUACAGUAUGCACUGUACUCCACUGCCUUCGUCUGUGUUCUGGGAGGUGGCUUUUUCCUCGCCACUGCCCUCUUUGUAGAAGAAGACAAGGGUAAAGCCGAUCGGCAAAUUAGAGCGGCAGCAGAAAAAGCAGAAAGCCCUGAGGACGAAGCAGAUGUUUUGCCCGAGUUCCGUGGAAGGGCUGCCUGCCAGGAACUUACAUCAGUUCACAUAGGACCAACCUACCCCAAUACUCUCUUCAUUUUCAUCCACCCUGAGAUCCUGCAUCACUCAAGGGAAGCAACUCAACAUGACAAUGGAAUGGCCAACUUCCCCGAGAAAUAUAAGCUGCUUCAUGCAAGAGUGGUGACUUUAACACAGACUCUACAGCAUGUCUGAGUCCUGAGGAUGAUGUGCCAUUACUGUGUUGGUGAAUGUAGUCUCCUGUUGCUGUUGAGGACUCAGAUGGAGACGAUAAGGGUUGGUGAUCAGGUAUCUCUCAUUGGUUAAAGCCAUUGUCGUCUCCCUGCUCAAGAUAUUACAAUCAGAGGAAGUUUCCUUGAGGAACUAAAAUACCCAGGUCUGCCCACAGGCUUACCAUUUCAGAUUCAGGUUCUGGGUCAAAUAAUUUAUAACAGUGAGUUGAAAGAGUCUGGUUGUGUUGUAAUAUGGACCUGUGGGCCUGUCCUUGUUGAGUUAGAAAUGAAUCUGCCUGCUCCCUCACUGUCUAAUCUCAGAGAGUGCAUGUACAGUGAGUACCCGGAUAUCCGGACACAUUCGUUUUUACGUAAAUCGUCCGGAUAACUGAAUAUCCGGAUAUCUGGAUUUCUGUCAUCCAGGCUUACCGUAUAUUACCGUCUAUAAGCCGAAUUUUGAGGAUAAAAAAAGCAGUGUGUAGGAGGGGGUCGGCUAUCUUCAUGAGUUUCGCUUUCGUCAAGCUUUUUUCCAGGGGUAAGAAAACAACAUCAUAUCACUUCGCGGGAACAAACAACAUAAGACAACUUUGUCAGUAAAGACGUCAAAUUUGCAAUUAAACAUCACUAGACAAGAUUAUUUACCUUUUAAGUUCUGAGUUGUUUUUGCUGGGCAUUGUAUUAUUUGCAGGGAUUA